AGUCGUUCGAGUUCCUGGGUCGACCCGGCCGUCGACCAGCUGCGUGGCCUCGGCCUUUGUGACCCAAUGUUUCUCGUCUCAAUUGGGGAUGAUAACAAUAGUACUUUCCUCGUAGUGUCUGCGAGGACUAAGUGUAAAUAUGAUGCCUGACCAUAUAUUACAGGUGGAAGAAGGCCCGUAUCUUCUUCUGCUGGUGCCUCAAGCAUCUCUGGAAGUGGAGGCAGCAGCGAGCAGAAGCUCCUCCUGCAGGACGUGGCUGAGCUGAUCAAAACUGGAGCCUGCCGGAGGGUGGUGGCCAUGGUGGGGGCCGGCAUCAGCACGCCCAGCGGCAUUCCAGACUUCAGGUCUCCAGGGACUGGCUACUACAGCAGGCUGCAACAGUACAAGGUCCCCUACCCCGAGGCCAUUUUCGAGCUCGCAUUUUUCUUUCAAGAUCCCAAGCCAUUUUUCACCUUUGCCAAGGAGCUGUACCCUGGGAACUACAGGCCCAAUGCCACGCACUACUUCCUCCGACUGCUUCACGAGAAGGGGCUGCUUCUGCGGCUGUAUACCCAGAACAUCGACGGGCUUGAGAGAGCAUCUGGCAUCCCUGCCUCAAAGCUGGUUGAAGCUCAUGGAUCCUUUGCCUCUGCCACCUGCACCGUCUGCCGAAGACCCAUCCCAGAGGAGGCCUUUUGGGCUGAAGUGAUGGCGGACAGGGUCCCCCACUGCCCGGUCUGCACUGGCAUCGUGAAGCCUGACAUCGUGUUCUUCGGGGAGCUGCUCCCCAACAGGUUCUUGCUGCAUGUGGCUGACUUCCCCAUGGCAGACCUGCUGCUCAUCCUCGGGACCUCCCUGGAGGUGGAACCUUUUGCCAGCUUGUCUGAGGCCGUACGGAGCUCAGUGCCCCGACUGCUCAUCAACCGGGACUUGGUGGGGUCCUUGGCUAGGCAUCCUCACAGCAGGGAUGUGGUGCAGCUGGGGGAUGUGGUUCAUGGCGUGAAAAGGCUGGUGGAGCUUCUGGGCUGGACGGAGGAGAUGCGGGACCUCAUCCAGCGGGAAACCGGAAAGCUUGAUGGUUGGGACACAUAGGAGGGCUGCUCCCAACCAGAAAUGGUUACAUGAGAGUCACUGCCCACUUCUGAUGAGAAUUCGUGGCUGAAGAACGGCUCGGACAGGCUUACAAAUUUUGGCUAAACUAGGACAUGCGACCUGAGGCUGCCCCUGGAGGGUCUGCCCAGGUCAUGAGCUCUGCGCACUUGGGGCCACCUCAGCCACAGAUGGGAAGGAGCUGCCUGAUCUGACUUUUUGCUGCUUAACUUUUCAUUCUGCUGAAAUUCUUAAUGCUGAAAAGCUUUCUUCUGAUGGUGAACCUCUUGAACUCAGACUGACUGGAACCCCAGACUGGACCUCAUCUAAAGGGUAAACUCUGUCCACUAGAAGAGACCCAGUCUUGGGCUGAGCAGCCCUGGUCACACCCCAGGUGUGGGGCUGGGUCCCAGGUAGUGUGCUAGGGUUUUCUAGCAUGUUGCUCUUUUCAGUUUAGUUUGUCCUUCAUUUCUGGCAUGAAAUAAAUUUUAAUAUAAAAA